AUGGAGAAGAUCCAGAGCUUCAUCCUGGAAGCUAUCGUGGAAGAACAGGAGGGUCCCUACUCUCCAAGAUUCUACGGUAUCAACAGGAGACAAGGGGUUCUAAUCUUCACCUGCGAAAACACUGAAACAGCAGAAUGGCUUAAAGGAAAGCAAGACUCCCUACAGCCUUGGGAAGAGGCCAGUCUAAGGAUAGUACCAGAGGAAGAAAUCCCUCGUGCGAGAAUUGUGACUGUCUAUCUUCCUGACAGUAUACUUGAUACAACCGAAAAGAUAAUGAAGCUCCUAAAAGGACAAAACAAGGAGCUAUCUGUCGGAGAAUGGAAUGUUCUGCGGAGAAGCGACGAGGGGAAGUCUGUCCUACUCACCCUGGCAGUCGACUGCGCUACAGUGAACAAACUUGAGAAGGAAGGUCCAUGGAUCGGCUACAAGUUUGGGAAAGUUCAGCUUAGACUGAAGAAGAAACAUCAAGGAAACAUAGAAAAACCCACAAGGGAAGAGGGGGACCACAGAGAAAUCUGA